AUGCGUGAGGCGAUCUGCAUCCACAUCGGGCAGGCGGGUGUGCAGAUUGGCAAUGCAUGCUGGGAGCUUUUCUGCCUUGAGCACGGAAUCCAGCCUGACGGCCAGAUGCCCUCUGAUAAGACGAUCGGAGGCGGCGACGAUGCCUUCAACACGUUCUUCUCCGAGACUGGCGCUGGCAAGCACGUCCCCCGCUGCGUGAUGGUCGACCUGGAGCCCACUGUGGUCGAUGAAGUACGCACGGGUACCUACCGUCAGUUGUUCCAUCCUGAGCAGCUCAUCUCUGGGAAGGAGGACGCCGCAAACAACUUCGCGCGAGGGCAUUAUACCAUCGGCAAAGAGAUCGUCGACCUCGUCCUCGAUCGGAUCAGGAAGUUGGCCGACAACUGCACUGGUCUACAGGGCUUCAUGGUCUACAAUGCCGUCGGCGGAGGCACCGGCUCCGGGCUCGGCUGCCUGAUGCUGGAGCGCUUGUCUGUGGACUACGGGAAGAAGACGAAGGUCUCUUUCACCGUGUGGGCGUGCCCGCAGGUCGCCACGGCAGUAGUGGAGCCUUACAAUACUGUGCUCUGUGUGCACUCCCUCCUGGAGCACACAGACGUCACCAUUAUGUAUGACAACGAAGCGCUGUACGACAUAUGCCGCCGCAACCUCGACAUCAAGCGCCCCACUUACACGAACCUGAACAGGCUGCUGGCGCAGAUCCUCUCCUCGCUGACUGCGUCGUUGCGCUUCGACGGUGCUCUGAACGUGGACAUCACCGAGUUCCAGACGAACUUGGUGCCCUACCCGCGCAUUCACUUCAUGCUCUCCAGCUAUGCGCCCGUGAUCUCUGCGGAGAAAGCGUACCAUGAACAGCUGUCAGUGGCGGAGAUCACCAUGUCCGUCUUCGAGCCCGCAUCCAUGUACGUGAAGUGCGACCCUCGUCAUGGCAAGUAUAUGCCCUACGGUGCAAGUUCUUUCACUGCCGACGGGUUUGAGGUUAAAUCAUUGGCGAACGACCGCUACGUGCAGCAGCGCCGGGUUUACCGACAGGCCCACCAGCAUCUAAUUCACGAAGAAUUCAGACUUGCAACCCUCAGCGUUCAGCAUCUGGACCCGUGGAGAUGGGACAACAAGUUCAAGCUCCAGGAGGUCGUCUUGCAAGCACGUCAUGGCCGCUGGGACCUUGCUUUCCUCUCUGACGUGCAUUGUCCAUAUGAAGACGUCCGUGUGAUGGUGGUGGAAAAGUUUGUUAUUGUUAUGGCUGGCCACGUUGGCAUUCUCAUGAACCAAGUUACCCGCCGUGUCGCGGAGAACGUCGAGUCAGGGCUCCUACCGCCGUCUCCUUCGUGGUCGGCAGUUUUACGGACCUACCGGGAGGCGGGCGAGGCCGUGCUGGGACGUGAUACCCGCGCGUCUGGGGUUCCAGCCGUCGCUGCCCACCGUGAGACGCAGCGGGCGGGGCGAAAGGAACUCAAGCAGAAAUGGGAGGAUAUUCGCUUGUGUGACGACCCCGCCAGAGAGACAACCCUUCGAACGGAACACAAGCAGAUGCGUGCUCGGGUGCAGCGUCAGGAGCGCCGAUGUAAGGCCGCCCUCAUCGAGUCUGUGUGCCAGGAGGUGGAGUAUGCCAUCGCGCAGCAUGACACGGGCAAUAUGUAUCGCUCAUUACGUGAGCUCGGCGUCUGGUUGCAGGGUUUCUCUUUGAAGGAAUCAGACCCGUUUACCCCAGAGGAGGCCCGCGACCACUUCAUUUACAUCGGCGGGCAACCGAAUUCCGUGCCCGACCUUCCUACUGUUGUGGACAGGUUACCCCAGCGCCCUGUCGACGACGCCCUGGCUGUGCGCCCUGAGACAACGGAAAUCGACAACGCCAUCAGGACCAUGCGCGUGUCUGCGGGGGCAGCGGACGAGGUGACGAUUGACAUGAUCAGGCAUGGCGGGGAGCAGGCGCGGCAGUUAGUGAGAUUGCUCGUAUGGCGCAUGUGGGACCUUGAAGACGACGUGUGGCAAGAGGAGGCGGUGUUGAAGGGUGUGAUCCAUCUCUUGUACAAGGGCAAGGGAUCGCGCAGUGAUCUCGAUAAGUACCGCUGUAUUUGUUUACUAUCUAUUGUUUCUCGAAUCCUUGCCCGUGUGCUGGCCCUUCGCUUGGCUGACUGGGCAGAGCGCCGUGAUAUCUUGGUCAACGAACAGUUCGGCUUCCGCUCCUGGCGCUCUACCCGGGGUCGAGAUUACUUCGUCCUUCUCCUGGCGGACAUCAAGAAAGCGUACCCGAACACCAGCAGGCAACUACGCUGGGCGGUUCUUGCUCGCGAGGGUAUGCCAGAGCACGUUAUCGAGCUGCUGCGCCGAGUGCACUCCACGACGCUCUACACAGUUCGGACCAAGCAAGGCGACUCGUCCAACUUCAGCCUCUUCCGAGGCUUACUUGAGGGAUGCCCCGCGUCGUGUGUAGUGUACAACGUGGUUCACAACGCUGCCCUCCGUGCUCUCCAGUCUCGAUUGCCAGGGGUCUCCGUGCCGUACCGCAUCGAAGCCCCGCUCCCGCGGCGUCCUCGCGCAGACGAUGAUGCCGUUCUGGAGUAUAUGCUUCGUAUUCUUGGCUUCGCUGACGACACGUCCGCGGGCGCGUUGUUUAGCAGGGCUGCCGACGACGAAGCGCUUAUCACGGCCACUUUAGCAGAGUACGGCGAGACCACGCACCCAGACAAGUGGGAACGCCUGCGUGUGGGGCGCCAUGGCGACGCGGUGCCUGACGGCUACGCCAGCUGGGCCAAGCUUUUCGGCGUGCGUUUUGACGUGGAUGGCGGCGCGCGGAAGGACACGGACGAACGUCUCCGUUUGGCUGGUUUGUUGUGGGGGCGAGUCCGCCGCCAAUUACCGCGUCUGUCAAUCUCGGCGCGCCAGAUGGGUCGGAUCGUGGAGGCAACUAUUGUGGCUUGCUUGUUCUAUGGGGCCGAGGUUCGACCGUUUUCGAGGACAGAGUUGCGCCGUUACACUAUUUUCCUCAAUCGCAUUGUCCGUUACAUCACGUGGGGCGCUGACUCCGGCGGCCUUCGGUGCAUGGAAGGGCGACUCACGCAGGCCGAUUUGCGUUUGCGCACUGGGCUUCGGACUCCAGAGGAGUAUGUGGCACGGAGGCAGCUUGGAUACGUUGGUCAUCUCGGACGGUACCCGACAACGCACGUUGAGGCGCAGGUCCUGGGCUCAGCUUUUGUAAUGCGUCGCAAUAAGACCUCUACCGCGGCGGCGGGGCACAAUCUGAUCGACACGUACUGGUUCUGGAUCACGAAGGUGAUGGGGCACACCGACAUCCCAGAGGAGCAGUGGCCGACGGCCUGGAAGGGUGUCGCCGUUGCCGGGCCGACGAGGGGCGCCGAGUGGCGCCGCCUGAGUGGUGCCGUGUGCGCCGAGAUCGCUCGCGCUGCUGCUGGAGAUACCUGGGUGAAACGGCAUUCGCAGGGCAAUUCGGCGGAGGAGGUGAUUGCCAUGCUGGAGAACGUGGCACGCAAUCCCCAGACUGGCCUGUUAAGAUGUCCCAAGUGCUCGAACGAGUACCCCACCAAGAGCAUAUACGUCCACCUGCGGGGGUGCACCGGGCAGGCGGCCACCCAGCGGCAGCCGGUGCAGUGCGACCGGUGCGGCCGAUUCUUCCGCAACAUGGUGCAUCGCCAGAAGGUCUGUAAGGAACCCCGCCGUCGACUUCGAGGGAAAGGUCCCCGCGUGCGGGUUCCUACCGACCGCGUGCGCCUGCCCGGGGAGUUCAUCUCGCAGCGCCGGGCCAAGCAUGCCAAAAGGACGGGUCCGCCAGCCGCCAAGGUGGAGCCUGCGCGCCCCACGAUUGCCAAACGUCCAGCCUCGGCAGCGUCUGCGCGGCGCCGCGAGCAGGGGUUCAGGUGCCCGUACUGUGAGACCAAGCAGAAGAGCCCGACGCACAGGUACGUGUGCAAGUUGGCGCCAUACGAGGUGUGGCAGGCUCGUGUCAAGACUAAGCAGGUGCGGGCUUUCACAGCAGAGCGCGUUUACUUCGUCAUGCGCGCCAUCUCGCUCAUCUUCAGUGUGUCGGUUCCGUCUUUGCUUCUCUUGGAGUAUUUGUACUGCUGCCAUGUCUACUAUCACAUCAUUCACGUCGUCAAUUUCACCAUCCUCGGGGAGGCGCCUGCGGCCCCUGCGCAGGGUGCCGCCCGAGGAGGCGGCCGCCGUGCGCCGCUGCGCACUGUCGAGGAGGUGCUGUCGGCGGUCGUCCGGCUGGGCAUUUUCACGGACAACACGAACUUGGUCUUCUUGGUGCAUGAGCAGUCCCUCAAGGACAAGAUCCAGGGCAUUCGAGACAAGUGGAAGGCUAAUGAACCCGGCACCGCCAACGCGCCGCACCCCAGUGGCCAGCCGCAGCGUCUGCUCGUUUGGAGCGGGCUGAUCGUGGCCCUCCGGGACGCGUGCAAGGCCGAUCCCCCUGCUGGGCAGCCCCCCGAGGCCUGGCUGGCCGCCAGGGCGGCCGCGGCGUCGCUCGCCGACGCGUCGAUGGAGGAGAUGGGCCGCCUCAUCUUCCGCCUGCAGGCCAAGCGCAAGGAACCGCUCAAGGGCGACAAGAGGCCGUGGUGCUGGACGCUCACACUCAGCCCGAAUGCGUCGUCAUCUCUUGUCCGUGACUUGUAUCAGACCGCAGCGUGCGGCAGCAAACCCAAGAGCAUUUGCUUGGUGCCGCAGCGCUCGGAGGACGGACCGUUGGUGGAGUCACUUGCCGAGUGGCAGCGCUUCCUGAGAGGCAAGGGCGGCGGCAAGGGGGGCGCGAGUGGCAAAGGUAGAGGCGGUGGCCGCAAGCGCCAGCGCCGCGCGGACGGGGGGUGA